CCCCAGAAGUGCGAUAUUCAUUCUGACCGUGUGCGCCAGCAUGGCUCUUGGCAUAAACGCAUUGGGCAACGCUGCCGAAGGAGAUUACACCUAUGGCGCCAAGCAGGCGACGAGUGAACUGAUCGCCCGUGAGACUAUCAUCACCAGCAAAACCCUGCUCGGGACGACGACAAGAACAUAUACGCUGGUGCAGGCGGGCACACCGAAGACCAUCCACUAUAUCAAUAUCAGAAAUCUGAAACGGAGACGUGGCGCCACAGCGACAAUCGAGUCUGGUGGUGUGACCGCCACGACACUCACAGUUAGAUUCACCUCACAGCGCAGCAGCGGCAUUAAGUCUGAAAUUGAAAUAUGGGGUGCAUAA